GACAUCUGGGUUGGUUGAAAGGCGCGAGCGGGCACCACCAACCAGCGUACCUUUAACAGUGGUGUGGCGCCACAAUUUUCAAGAAAGCAAGUGACUCGAUCGUUCAGAUCCCGAGCGCAUAAACACUUCUACUCGGAGUCGAGCAGAAAGCUCCUUUGGUCGAGGUGAACAUGAACGAAGAUCCGAGCGGGAACCCGCAGGUUAUACUCACGCCAAAACGACCCGUCUUGGCCGCCCUCAAUGAAGUCUCUCCAAGCUUCACACCCUCCCCUUCACCCUCCUCGAAAUUCUCGCGGGGGAGACCGCGCCUGGAUGCGAUAACCUCACUCAUCCGCGAAGGCUCAACAUCACCCUGUCAGAUAAAGUGCGAUGUAUGCAAUCGGGUUUUCCCUCGGGGAAAGAGUCUUCAAGCUCAUCUUAGAACUCAUACCGGCGAGAAACCCUACAAGUGUGACUAUCCGGAUUGUGCGAAAAAGUUUGCGCAGAGUGGACAGCUGAAGACCCAUCAGAGACUUCACACCGGCGAGAAACCGUUCAAAUGCUCAGCGGAAAACUGUCGGAACCGUUUUACGCACGCGAAUCGGCAUUGUAACUCCCAUCAGUUCGCGCCUUUGGUGAGAGAUGAAAGCGGGAUGGAAAUUUGUGAAAACACCGAAAACAAGUCUCAAGAAGUUGUGGAAUGGCUGGAACGAUACAGAGCCCAGAAACGGAGACCGAAAAGAGUUUUGAGGAACGAGUUCGACCAGAUGGCGCCCCCGUCUCCGGAGAGCGCGUGCGGAGCUUCGAUAGCGCCUCUGGAACUGCCGACUCAGAGAGAAAGUUUCGACGAACCGAAAUUCUUCCUCGAGGACGUACCGCUCCGACCUCUGCAGCCGUCGACACCGCGCUCGCCGCACGUUGGAUCUCCGAGGGUUUUGUCCCUUGUAAACACAACGCUCCUCAUGUCGCCGCAGGCGAACAAGCCCCGGGCCCUCCCCGUCUCGCCUUCAUCGUCGUCGGUGCUUUCGCCGUCCUUGCCUCGAUCGAACGAGUCGUCUCCAUUCUUGACCCCGACGUCUCCCUUGGCCCGCCGUCAGCCGACUACUCCAAAAUCCUCGUUUACGCCACCCCCGGCGAAGAGAUAUCUGAGGGACAUCGCAAGAACUCGUCUAGAAGGAGCGAUGGCGCUAGUCGAGCUCAGUAUCUCCCCCAGAUCUCCUCGGCCCCCAGUCUUAAUUAAUGAGCCGUUAGACCUCACCAAGAGUUGAUUUUCAUAGCGAGAUGACUGCAUAAGAGCAAUAUUAUAUAUACAUUCAUAUUUAUCAUUUGGUAGGCUGGAUAGAGUACUUUUUGACAAUCUGUCCUCUCGGAAUUUAUGUAUACCUAUAGACCUAUUUAGUUCUAAAAUCGAUUUGUGACCCUCGCCCCCAAUAAAAUGGAUAGCGUUUAA